CCCCUCGCGCCCCAGGCAUAAAGGCUCGCGCACUGCCAGCCCUGCACGCUUCUGGUCCUGACCCAGACUCAGAGAGAACCCACCAUGGUGCUGUCUCCCGCCGACAAGACCAACGUCAAGGGCACCUGGUCUAAGAUUGGCAACCACAGUGCAGAAUAUGGCGCAGAGGCCCUGGAGAGGAUGUUCAUAAACUUCCCCAGCACCAAGACCUACUUCUCCCACUUCGACCUGGGACACGGCUCCGCCCAGAUCAAGGGGCACGGCAAGAAGGUGGCCGACGCGCUCACCAAAGCCGUGGGCCACAUAGACAACCUGCCCGAUGCCUUGUCUGAGCUGAGCGACCUGCACGCCCACAAGCUGCGUGUGGACCCGGUCAACUUCAAGCUCCUGAGCCACUGCCUGCUGGUGACCCUGGCUCUCCACCUCCCCGCCGAUUUCACGCCCUCGGUCCAUGCCUCCCUGGACAAGUUCUUGGCCAGUGUGAGCACCGUGCUGACCUCCAAAUACCGUUAAGCUGGAGCCUCCGCGAUUCCUACCCUGGCCUGGGGCCCUCUGGCGCUCUGGGCACCCUCACUUCCCGAUCUUUGAAUAAAGUCUGAGUGGGCUGCA